CGUAACUUUGAGGUUAGUUUUGGUUUUGGAUUAUUCAAGUUGUCCAUGUCCAGGGAUGAACAAUUUUCUAAUUUUAUGCGACUGUUUUGUUGAUAAUGUACCAUUUUUACACUAACAAUUACAUGUUUUAUCAAAACAAGUUUCAAGUGUCGUGAAUAGUGGAAAGUAACCGCAGGUUCUAGACUUUUUUAACUUCCAAUGAUGAAAUGUUUCGGGGAUCUGAUUUUAUCUUUGAUCCCCUUUCACUGUUCAAAGAUGUACUAUUAUUCCAGUUAAUUUCCAUUUAAAUAUUUCAAGCAGGACCUACCAUCACCAUCAUAAUGGUGGUUGAAGAUAAGUGCUUUUUUCGGAAAACUGUUCUUCAUCUUGCCAGGUCUCUAGCAGCGGUGAAGAAUUCAAAAUGGGAACAAAUCAACACGCUCUUUUCAUUGUGCCCACAAGAAACCACUCAAAAUGUAUUCCGCUUGGAUCAACGAGCGCAGGACGCCAUUACGGCUCUUGGAAUUUAUUUUCUUGAGUCGGACUUGCAGCAUUCUGAGAAAAUAUUAUCGUAUUUGCUGAAACUCUUUGAUGGCUUAAGUCGUGCUGUUUGGACUGACGAUGAUAACUGCUCUCACGGUAAAAAUGCACCCAUCUCAGAGCGCUUUUCUUUCAUUCUCAGCACGUUGCUGUGUGAUAUUGCAUGGAAACGAAAAGACUUUCACCAAGAAAUUAUAGAGGCUCAGCUAAAAUGUAUUAAUCGCUUGAUAUCAAUGAUUCAAACAAGCAGUAAAGAUCCUAACAAUGAAGCCACAAAGAUUUCUCUUUGCAGAGCAACCGUCCCUUGUUUAAUUGGUAUCAUAAGGUCUUUAGGCUGCUACCCAACCAUUAGCCCACCACUACUGUGCCGGCUAUUUCCCCGCCCAGAGCCUCCAAAAGUGGUAACAACUACCUCCAUGGCCGACUCUAAUCUGCUGAAAAAGAAUAGUUUUUCCAAUUUUCGCUCUAUCAUUCCACGUUCCUUAUCAAGGAGUUUUAUUAUAACUAUUGCCAAAGAUACUUUUACCACAGAAGUUAAUGGCAAGCCAAAUGAUACCAAGCGUUCAAAUGGUCCUUUGUAUCAGAAUUGUUCACAUUCAGAAUUUGAUCACUUUUAUGCUGAAAUAUUUUUAUUCACCAAGUUUGGAACAAAUUUCAAUCAAUUUUUGCAUCUGAGUAAUCAAGAAAACCUUGAAUAUAAAUCUAAAAUUCCUCCGCAAGUUUAUUUAUUCACUGUUAAUGAUCUGAAAACAAUUUUAGGCAUUGCAAAAACUUUGUUAACCUCUGAACUUCUUUUGUCUCUAGAUAGUAUUGCCUUAGAAGUGUAUUCAUGUAAAUCCUCGUAUGCAUUUACUUAUCGUAGUUUUAGUGAAACUCUGAAUCUGGUGAUGGUAACAGUUCUUCGUGAGUUCCUCAAACAUCAGAGUAAGUUACCUCAGCCAUUCAUUAAAGAUGUUCAGGACUUUGUUAAAGGUUUAUUUUUAAGUGGUCAAACUGAAUUACAAGCAUCAAAUCACGAUGCUGCUGAAAGAGAAGACCGUGAAACUAACUAUGGCACAGUUAAUAAAUUCAAAGUAAAUGUCAUGGCGAACGCAGCCUGCGUAGACUUACUGGUCUGGGCAAUAGGAGAUGAAACAGGAGCUGAUAGUGUUUGUGGUCAUCUCAUGGAAAAAAUUAGUAAAAAUUAUGAUGUCAAACUGGUUCUUGCUCAUAUGCCUUUACUUAUUGUUUGUUUAGAGGGGCUUGGGAAAUUAGCCGAAAAAUUUCCGAACAUUGCUAACACCUCUAUUCAUUGCUUACGUGACUUCCUUGUUGCCCCUUCCCCUAUUUUAUCAAGACUGUAUAAACUGCACCUAGAUAAAAACACUUUAUCCAACAACUCAUCGUUGAUAGUAUCUAUUAAAAACUCUGGUUCCUCUCACAUUGAAUCCUACUUUGAGCAUUUACGAGAUGCAGCAAUUGAUAACUUAUGUGUGGCAUUGAGAGCUGCACACUCUAUUGACGAAAGUUGUAUUCCAGCCUUAGUUGCAUCACUGUCUAAUAGACUUUUCACAGCCAAAAUCAAUGAAAAUGACACCACUCUGAUCCAGUCCAAUUCCAUUGUCAUGCUCGGCCACAUAGCAAUUAAUCUCAAAGAUACCUCAAAAACCACUGAUACUGUUUUACAAUUUUUCCAACAGAGAUUUUGUAGAGUUCCAGUUCCUCCUCAAGUAGACAUUCAAGUCGUUGAUCAGUUGGGAUGUAUGAUCAUAGCAAAGUGUGAGCCAAACAUCUAUGAGGAAAUCAUGAGAAUGUUCGUGAUGAUCACCGUUGAGUCCAGUAAUGCAGCUUACAGCAAAGAUCGCGGAAAUCAGUACAGACACGUCUCCGGAGCAGUCAUCAAUGCCUUGGCCAACAUCGCAACAAACAUUGAAGGUGAGCAAGAAAUGAAUGAACUACUCGUACGUUUAUUGGAGUUGUUUGUUCAGCUGGGCUUAGAAGGCAAAAGAGCGUCAGAGAAAGCUCCCGCCGCCAACAAAGCUUCUAGUAGUGCCGGGAAUCUUGGUAUGUUGAUUCCGGUUAUAGCAAUUUUAAUGCGAAGACUCCCAAUCAUUAGACAGCCGAAGCCUCGCCUUCUCAAAUUAUUUAGAGACUUUUGGUUGUACAGUGUCAUCAUGGGCUUUACAAGCGAGUCAGGAUUAUGGCCUAGUGAGUGGUAUGAUGGUGUCAAAGAAAUUGCGACCAAGUCUCCAUAUCUAGUCUCACAAACCUCAUCCAGGUCUGAACUUAGAGAAUUACAAUACACUGCAGCGGUUAGAAAUGAUAGUGUAUCAGCAAAUGAAUUGAACGAAUUGAGAGCGCAAAUUGUCCAGCUGUUGGAAUUGCCACCGCCUGAUGUUGUUGCAUGUGUCAAUAAACUAUCUUUUGCCCAGUGUACAUAUCUUUUAUCAGUCUACUGGCUUGAAACGCUCCGAGUGAAACAUUCACCUGAGCCAAGUCUGCUGAUAAUUUUUGAGUAUUUAGUUGACUAUGCAAUCCAGAAAGAUAAAUCAGGAAUGUGGCAGUGUGUCUGUUGUAUCGGUGACAGAGUAUUCUCUCUCUUUAUGGACGCAAUGUCAGCCAAGCCCAAAGACAUCAAUCGGGAGAAUGAACUUGAGAGUCAUGCACAGUUCCUCCUUGUAAGUUUCAAUCACACACACAAACAAAUUCGUCGAGUGGCUGAUAGAUGGUUGUCUGGUCUAGUUGAUAGAUUCCCGCAUUUGCUGUGGAACUGUCAUGUCCUUUGGAGCAUGUUGGAUAUCCUUCAAGUUUUGUCAUAUUCCUUAGAACUUGAUGCUAAUGAAGAAAUGCCCACCUUGCAAGUGCCCUCUACACCGUACAACAUUCCUUUAAUGGACACAUUAGAUGCUAGAGAAGGUAUUGUAAAAGAUUUUGCCGCUCGUUGCCUUGGCAUUGUUCAAGAAGCAAUGAAAUGGGCACCUCAAGCCACACGGUCUCACCUCCAAGACUACCUUAGUCACAUCUCGAGCUCUGGUCUGUGGCAUCAUUCAGGCUUAGCUCUAGCAACGGAAAGUGUCCUUCAGUUUGAAGGACUCAAUUUGCAGUCAAUGGCUCUUUCGACAGACACACUUAGCAGGCGACCAACUUGUGUUAAGACAGACUCCUCUCGCUUUAUUUCAUCGUUGCACAUGAGAAGCCACUUUGCUGGACAAAUAGCCGGAAUCCUAGCUGGAAGUAAACUUGAUGAUGUAAUUGAUUCAAUCGUUAAUAAUGUUUGGACUGCUUGUAAAGACAACUCCUCCAGUGCUUAUCGCAAAGCCCUAUGGUCAGCCACUGCGCUACUAAUAAACACUCCAAAACCACCAAGAAAACUAUUGAAUGUUGUUGCAUGGUCUCAGGUAGAAUUUUUCACAGAACCCUCUGUAACUUCUGCAGUUGAAUGUUGGCAGUGGCUAAUUACUGCUCGUCAAGACAUCGAUUUGCAGUUUUUACAAGAAAUGUUUGCUGCUUGGCAGUACACUGUUGAUAAAAGAUUGGGAAUGUUCUCUGUUCAUGAGGAGGAAGAGAGUCCACUCGCUGUCUCCGAGAAUGUCACGUUGGAACCAAGGCCUCCAUUUGUAAAACCACAUGAUAUUUGGGUAAAGUUUAUCUCAGAGUUAGUGGAAACUGCUAAGUAUUGCAGCCAAGAAAAGGUAGAAAUGCUGGCUAAUAUGUUCCACCGAUCCUUACCCAUGUCAGUUUCUUAUUCCAAUAGCCUUCUCAGCACUCACAUCUCAGCAAUUGGAGUUUAUUUCCGAUUUCUUCACUGUGGACUGUCCUUACUUCAAGGUGACUUUUUGCCUCGCUCUCUCAGCAAAAAUGUUUUGCGUGAACGAAUCUAUUGCACUGCUCUGAACUUUUAUUGCAGUCAAGUGCAGUGUCCUGUAAAGAAAGGGAGUGAGCUACGAGAGGAUAUCGCAGUCAUGAUAAAAUUCUUUCAAACGAUGCAUUCAGACAAAAAAUACCUCUUUGCGAGCACUAUUGAAGAGGCAGCUGAGCUACAAUCCCCACCUAUUUACAACCCGCAGUUAACAAUAACGUCUCUUGAUAAGCUGCGAGCAAGCUCUGUCGGAGGUGGGGGUUCUGGAAGCAAUCAAGGUUGGAUUAAUACUGUACCAUUUUCCUCUUCGUCAUCUACUUUGGGUAAAAAGUCCGGAAUAAGAGGCAAAAUUAGGAGUAGAAACAAUGAAUUGUUUGUCAAAGACUACAUUAAAAAACGUAACUUAAUUUUAGAUCUUGUCGCUGUGCAAAUAGAAUUUCUCUUAACGUGGCUCAAUCCUCUUUGUAGAUCAGAGAUUAGUAUUCAAGGAGAAGAUGUCAUUGCCACAUGGAAGAAUAAACCUGUCUCAGAUAAAACUUUAAGAGAAGUUACCCGGCUUGCAUGGGAUAUUAGCCCAUCAUUAGCGGUAUUUUUACCAGCAAGGCUCAAGAAUUCUGAAAGUAUCAUCAAAGAAGUUUCAAGGCUAGUUAGAUUAAAUCCAACUGCUGUGUGUCACAUUCCGCAUGCAUUACAGUAUUUAGUAACCACUGAAAUGUUGUUGAACGAUGCCCCUGAGUUAACGCACAUGCUAACCUGGGCUCACGUUUCUCCUGUCCAAGCCUUAUCGUAUUUCUCACGGCAGUAUCCUCCACAUCCGAUCACAGCUCAAUAUGCUGUUAGAGUUCUCUCCAGCUACCCGCCAGAUGCAGUUCUAUUUUACAUUCCCCAACUAGUUCAAACCCUGCGGCAUGAUACCAUGGGUUAUAUCAUAGAGUUUAUAAAAUCCAUUGCAAAGCGUUCCCCAGUUGUUGGGCAUCAGCUGAUUUGGAACAUGAAAACCAACAUGUAUCUUGAUGAAGAAAUGCAGCUGAAAGAUCUUACUCUUUACGACACACUUGACAGUUUAAUUAAUGCAAUUACCGACUCAUUGUCUGGACCAGCGAAAGAUUUCUAUGAAAGAGAAUUCAGCUUCUUUGAUCAAAUUACUGAAAUUUCUGGGUUGAUUCGACCAUAUCCCAAAGGGCCUGAGAGGAAAAGAGCUUGUUUAGAAUGUUUGAGUAAAGUGAAAGUUCAGCCAGGCUGCUAUUUACCUUCAAACCCAGAAGCUGUAGUUUUAGAUAUUGAUUAUAAAAGCGGAACACCCAUGCAAAGUGCUGCCAAAGCGCCAUUUUUGGCACGGUUCAGAGUACGCCGCUGCGGCAUUGUUGAACUAGAGGCCAUGGCCCUUUCCAUCUCUACACCUGAUGAAGAAAAGCAAGAGCAGGAGGAGAAAGAGAUGGAAGUUUCCCGGAGAAAAAUCUCAUUUCAAGGUAACGAGACUUGGCAGGCAGCCAUAUUCAAAGUUGGAGAUGAUGUCCGACAAGAUAUGUUAGCGUUGCAAGUGAUUGGAAUUUUUAAACGCAUUUUCCAGCAAGUGGGCCUUGAUCUGUUCUUAUUUCCUUACCGUGUUGUUGCCACCGCUCCUGGAUGCGGCGUUAUUGAGUGUGUCCCUGAUGCAAAAUCAAGAGAUCAGCUGGGAAGACAAACUGAUAUUGGAAUGUAUGAAUAUUUUCUGAAAAUGUAUGGAGAUGAGACCACCAAAGAAUUCCAGAAUGCUAGGCGAAACUUCAUCCGCUCAAUGGCUGCAUACAGUGUCAUAGGAUUCCUUCUGCAGAUCAAGGAUCGUCACAAUGGUAAUAUCAUGUUGGACACUAGUGGUCACAUCAUUCACAUUGAUUUUGGUUUCAUGUUUGAAUCGUCUCCUGGAGGCAAUUUAGGUUUUGAGCCGGAUAUCAAACUGACCGAUGAAAUGGUGAUGAUCAUGGGUGGCAAAAUGGAGGCUGAACCCUUCCGGUGGUUUAUGGAACUGUGUGUUCAUGCUUUCCUUGCAAUUAGGCCGUACCAAGAAACCAUUAUAUCACUAGUAUCCUUGAUGCUGGAUACUGGACUCCCCUGUUUUCGAGGUCAAACCAUCAAGUUGCUUCGAGCUAGAUUCGCUCCACAAGCCUCCGAUAAAGAGGCAGCUGCCUUUAUGUUAUCAGUCGUUCGGAACUCUUUCCUUAACUUCAGAACUAGAGCUUAUGACAUGAUCCAGUACUAUCAAAAUCAAAUCCCUUGUUAAAUUCUUGCAAGUCUGGUAUUAAAAAAGAGAAUGCUGUCCAAUCACAGAGCUAGCUUCCAUUUUCAGGAGCAGGAAAAAGUAGGCAGUAGGUAUUGAUUUUGAUCACACGAGAAAGGAAUAAACUUUUUGAGAAAAGAUUCUGGGAAGAGACAACCCAUAUCUAGAUGGAAGUUUUAGUUUGGACCUAAAUCAAUGUUCAUGAUUUUUGAAUUCAUGGAUCCAAAAAAGAAUCCUUCAAGUUCUUAGAACAUUUUUCUUUCUUUAUUACUGAAAUUAAUCCAGAAUAUUUCAUUAUUUUUACUCUGGUACAACCUUCAACUGUUUGUCCUUUAGGCAGAUAUCAUUAGGUAUGUACAUAUGCAGCACAUCAUACCACCAGUUUUUAGCACACCCUUUUAUCAAUAGGCUUGAAUCGCAAUUAAAACCAGCAUAUUUUGAAAUUAAGCAAAGGAAAAACCAUUUUAUCUGACCAUUAAGUGAACUUAGGGAUCUGCUAUCAGCGUUAAAAGAGUUCUUGUCCGUUCUUUUUCAAGCAGGUUUCGCUUAGCAGACCUUGUGUCUGUCUAGCAAUUAUCCUAUGCAGUAAAGAAAAACAAUAUUUCUUAUGAGCUUUAUUACUGGGCACAUUCUCACACUAAACCCGAUUCCUACAAUUAUAAAAGCUCAUUUUGUAGUUGUAUUAUCAGAACUGGAAAUGAAAAAGAAUGGAUGAUCAUCUCUAUUUAUUUUAUAGACUGAAUCUAGUUGUAGGCAAACUCUCAUACCUUUGAGUGAACAAUUUUAAGUUAAAGGAAUUAUUUUCUGGAACAGCACUAAUUUUUUUUGCGUUUCAAAAUAUUUUUAGUGAAUCUUUUUGUGUGAAGAGAGAGGUGAACUUAUUUCCCAAGCCUCUUAUGAAAGCCAAACUGUUGGUCAAAAAGUUUCCAAUUUAUGAAUCUUGCAAACGAGUGGCGAAUACAAGCUGAGCUCUAGAUAAUGCUAAUUAAGAUAUGCUAUUUGAUUGUCAAAGUCAUCUCUCUCUGAGCUCGCGCCAAAACUUGAAUUUUACUUAAAAAAUAAGCUUAAGUGUUUUCAAGCUCAAAUAACUUUUAGAAAACUAUCUCCUUUUGAUGUUCAGUUUUUUAAACAGAUGUUCAAAUGAGACAUAAAAUCUCCAAUCUGUGUGAUGAACUUCAACAGAAAAUGUUUCCUAUCACAUAACUUUCUCUAGGUAUGUGUGAUGCACCCAAGUAGCACAGGUUGCAAUAAAUUGUAAUUUUUUUUUUUUUUUUCAUUUUCACUUUUUGCACAUGAGCCAUCUUUCACCCAGUGUUAUUGUGCAAGUCAAAAUGCAGGUCGUUAAAAUACAUAUAAUACUUCAGCACAAUAAUCAAGCAAUCAGUAGCGAUCACAUAAAAAUUAAUUAACAGACAUCAAAACUAGGCUUAGGUAUGCAGUUUUGAGUUGAGGAUCAAUUAUUUACUCUACAGAGAGGGAACAGUAACUCAUUAAAGAGUUUGAUUACAGAGGAGUUAACAUUCAUGUCCGUAAUUUGAAGUUUUUUAAGGGGAGGUUUGAUGUAAAACUUCAUCGCAUGGUAAAAUUAUUGCUAUUGUGUUAGAGUGUUGUGUGUUGUCAAUUCACUGACUGAAGAGGCUCCUCCUAUCGAACCUUAUUUCAAUUAAAUUGAAAUAAGUUCUAAUUUUUGUCCCUGCUACUAAUUGCACACCUUUCUCACACAUACGACAUGGAGCUCAUUUUAUUGAUCGUUCAAAAUCGGCAUUCUUUGACCGAAUGAUGUAAAUAUAUUGCAAUUUCAUAAAAAAUAAACUUCAAUUUUAUUGAAUCAAAUUGCAAAAUUAGUUCAAUAUUCUUAUUGCACUGCGCUACUUGGGUAUUUGGCGUUGAAGAGAUAAAGCUUCAGAAAAGAGGAGACAUCAGUUUGAUGGAAGUUCAAGGUCUGCUCAUCAGGAGUUAGGAAAAAGAAUUCUCUACAAGUAGUACAAUGAGGUUGGUGCAUGAACCAAAAGAAAGUGCGCCAUUGUUAGAAAUGACUUCUAUCGUCGAAAUUCACUUGCAUACACUUUAUCGCAGUUGUAUGAUGGAUCUCAUGUACAUGAUGUCAAAAUAUGUCUCUGAACAGCAAGGAAGUUUGGCUAGUGAUAGCAGAUUGAUCUCAUACGCUCUUAUUCUCUGUUUGUCGUAUUGUAUUUGUGAUUUAUCUAUAUCUUUGAUAUGAUUUUGCGCCCUUCUCCUGCCUUCUUUUAGUUUGAGUAUUUUCCGUAAUAUCCAAUCAAAGUUUGGAGUGGUCAGUUUCUUCAUAUAUCACAGAAGUAAGAGCAAGAGAAUUAUUUUAUCUGGUAACAUUAGAUUUUAAAAUUUUGUUUGUUUUCUUGGAUGAAUUCUAGUAUCGUAUCUUAAAAAUGAUUUUUUUGAAGGGGCUCCUUCUUGAAAAAUUUGUUGCCAAAUUACAAGGUACAUUUUAUUAGGAUCUUGUCCUCGUCAUUGAUGAAAGUCAUUCUUUGAAAAAAUUUAAAGCAUUUAAUCGAAAUUAACUUACUGACUGUUGUCAGCCUUUUAUGGAAAGGUCUUAGGGUUUUUUUUUAAUCUUAAGGUGCUUUGUGAUGAGAAGUCCCUUAGGGUAGGGCAGAUUAAUGGGAGUCUUAGGUUUUUUAACACAUGUUAUGUAUAAGCUGUUACAUGUAUAGUGUUAAGGUGUCAUUGUAACCUUCUUUACUAUGUACUCUUCUUUUUUGUUUUAAUAAAUGUUUAUUCAUGUUACUAA